UUUCCUUGUUUAUUUCCUGUGUAGAAUCUUUGAUAAAAACCUCUCUGAUAACGAAAUAAAAUGUCGGAGGAAACCUCAUCAUUAUCACUACGUAUCGAAUAUAGGGUUCCAAAUUUAAUGAAUAUAUUUUUACUCCAUAAUAUCAUCCCGCUAAUCGUCUACUCGUUGCUUUUCCGAAUGGCACGACAAUAUGUGAAGGCUAACUUUUGGUUGAAAUUUGAGGGAUUCAAGCGAUACCGUUUGCAAAACCUCACAGUCUGCUGGCUGCACGCUGUCAUUGUUGGAGGUGGUGAUCUGAUUCUGAUGUUCAGUCAUCCUCAUGAGAUCUUUCAUGACGUCAUCGACUGGUACAAUCCCAUUGCCGCUCAGCUCCCAUUGAUCUCGGUCGCCUAUUUCUUUCAAGACGCCUUUGACAUGCUGAUGUAUGAAUGGAAUAGCUAUACAUUGGAGCUGCUGCUUCAUCAUUUUGCAACGUGUGCCGCAUUGGUGGCUCCCGGGCUGACUGGAAAGUUCACACUGGCAGCCGGAUGGGCUUUGUUGAUGGAGGUCAACAGCAUCUUCCUUCACGCCCGAACAAUUCUUCAAAUCUGUGGCCUUUCCACCCAAUUUCCUGGAGUAUUCCGUGUUGUCGUCUACUCAAAUAUCAUCAGCUUCUUCUUCUUCCGUAUCGUCUCUCAAAUUCUCUGGACAAACUGGGCAAUUUACAAUGUUCCUGGUCUUCAUUGGUAUUAUGUGCUUGUCGGAUUGGGUGGACCCAUCAUAUUUGGUUGUAUCAAUGGAAUGUUGUUCUUGAGACUUCUUGCUUCUGACGGAUUUUUGACCGAAAAACUUCGAGCGAGAUUUGCAAUGACUCGAGACAAGAAUGAUGAUCAAGAGAAGAAGAAGGGAAAUUAGAAUUUCGGAUCUUAUGAUCUUACUAGAAUAAUUUUCAUCUAUUGUACGGUUUAUAAUUUACGGGAUAAAAAAUAAAGAUUUU